GAUAUACUUCAUGAACUUGAAAACAAAUCUUAUGCUAAUUUAUUCUAUAAAUAUGUUGAAAAGGAUGUUAAAAAUAAGGCUAUAAAAAAUCCCAUGGAUUUAUUUACUAUAAAUUUAAAAUUAAAAAAUAAUCAAUAUAUAAGUUUAGAAGAAUUUGAAAAGGAUAUUCGUUUAAUAUUUUGCAAUUGUUAUACAUAUAAUGAUGUUGAAAGUGAAAUAUAUAGAUCAGGUAAAACAUUAGAAUGUAUUUUUAAUAAAAAAUGGAAUGAA